AUGCCUGAUCAGUAUUCCAAAGCCUCGCGCGUGUCCAUCAAGUUGGGUGGCACGUCUGCCUUACCAGCGGCAAAUGGCAAACGGCAUCGGGCGCAUGCACUGCACAACGAUUCGCACUCGGAGGGUGAUGACGACAACGACGGCGCCAGCAGUCAAGGCGAAGAGCAGCGCACCGUCCACAUCGAGUCAAUCACAAGCUUUGAAAUUAGCGGCGGCGGCCGCGAGAGUUGGCCACGAGAGAGGCACCAACAGAGCCGCUCCGAGCGUGAAAGUGGACAGACACGAGGUCGCAAUUCAGACGCAGCUCAGCAGACCAAAGAUGCCAGAGGCGCAGGUCGGCGACAGGACACCGGCGGCGCGGAGGAUGGGUUGGAUUUCCAGGACAAAGCGCCCACAAAGUGGGGUUUGACCAUCAACAUGAAGUCGGCCGGCAGCUCUAAAGUCAAGAAAGAGGCAGGAUUGCCAUCCGAUGACUCAGAUUCAAAGGCGGACGAUGAGAAGAGGAGCAGAGAGGCGCCCCAGAACGUUGACGACGAGGCGCUCGAGGCACUCAUGGGCAACAAGGCCCCGAAAAGGAGGCGCGAUUCCAAUGAUGCCGACAGAGAGCCACGGCCCGACGACUACCGGUCUGUGCCCAUCGACGACUUUGGCGCCACCCUUCUCCGCGGGUUUGGCUGGGAUGGCAAGCUGAGGGGCAAAGUCAAGGAAGUGGUAAAGCACGCAAACCUCACGGGGCUUGGCGCGAGCAAUGGCAAGGGGGCCGAGGACUUGGGCGCGUGGGACCAGAAGACUACCAAGGACUCCCGACCCGCUCGCCUCGAAGAUUACCAGCGAGAGGACAGGAAGAAGCGACAACGGCUGGACGAUCAAAAUAGAGACAGUUACAAGCGCGAGCGUGAGCGGGAACGCGAACAUGAGCGCGAGCGGAGACAUGGACAUGGGCGAGACAGAUAG